AACCGGCACACUGCAGACAGCCGUCUUUGUAAGGAGACCAUUGAGCUGAACACUGGCAGUCCGCAGCUGCUCUCAACCCCAAUGAGCUGCCUGCACCACCAGCACUGAGCCUGUUAUUUUUUACAAGGCAUUUCUCAGUGCAAUAUAAGAUCUCAUUUUAUAUGAGAUCUUAGCAAUUAUUACCCCUCCACUCCCUCCCUCAUUGAGACUUCUAGAUCUAUUUUUAUACAUUUUUGUUACAAUCAUGGUGCUGGGGAAGGUGAAGAGUCUCACUAUAAGCUUUGACUGUCUGAAUGGCAGCCCUGUCCCUGUCUAUUCCAGCGGGGACACCGUCUCAGGGAAGGUAAAUCUGGAAGUUACUGGGGAGAUCAGAGUGAAAUCUCUGAGGAUCCAUGCCAGGGGACACGCCAAAGUACGAUGGACUGAGUCUAGGAAUGCUGGAUCUAACACUGCCUAUACCCAAAAUUAUACUGAGGAAGUGGAGUAUUUCAGCCACAAGGACAUCCUGAUCGGCCAUGAAAGAGAUGAUGAUAAUUCAGAAGAAGGACUGACCACUAUUCAUUCAGGACGCCAUGAAUAUGCAUUUAGUUUUGAGCUUCCACAGACACCACUUGCUACCUCAUUUGAAGGCAGACAUGGCAGCGUACGUUAUUGGGUGAAAGCAGAAUUACACAGAGCCUGGCUGCUACCAGUAAAAUUAAAGAAGGAAUUCACCGUGUUUGAACAUAUAGAUAUCAACACUCCUUCAUUACUGUCACCACAAGCGGGCACAAAAGAGAAAACUCUGUGUUGCUGGUUUUGUACCUCAGGUCCCAUAUCCCUAAGUGCCAAAAUAGAAAGGAAGGGCUACACCCCAGGGGAAUCCAUUCAAAUCUUUGCUGAGAUUGAGAAUUGCUCCUCCCGCAUGGUUGUUCCUAAAGCUGCCAUUUAUCAAACGCAGACCUUCUAUGCCAAAGGGAAAAUGAAGGAGGUUAAGCAACUUGUUGCCAAUUUGCGUGGAGAGUCGCUCAGUUCUGGAAAAACAGAGACUUGGAAUGGCAAGAUGCUAAAAAUCCCACCCGUCUCCCCCUCUAUCAUUGACUGCAGCAUAAUCCGCGUGGAAUAUUCUCUUAUGGUAUAUGUGGAUAUUCCUGGCGCUAUGGAUUUAUUUCUCACUUUACCAUUGGUCAUUGGGACAAUUCCUCUACAUCCAUUUGGCAGUCGGACUUCGAGUGUAAGCAGCCAGUACAGCAUCAGUAAUUGGCUGGGAUUAGUACUGCCCGAGCGACCUGAAGCACCUCCAAGUUAUGCAGAAAUUGUCACAGAAGAGCAAAGACAAAAUCUGGUAUCCUCUAAUAUUUGUGAUCAUUUUGAGUUGGCACUUCAAGGACCACUGUUUGCAUAUAUUCAAGAAUUUCGUUAUCUGCCUCCUCCUCUCUACUCAGAGGUCGAUCCAAAUCCCGAUCACCCCACUGAGGAACAUCCCUCCUGUCCAUCUCGCUGAAAGGAUUUGCUAUAUUCAGCCGAUGAAACUAACUUAGCUGCUGCAAUGAUCAGGCAGCCAUAAUGAAGACUCUCACUUUCACAGAAUGCAGUUUGAGUCUCACCUUUGGAAGUUCCAAACUGAAUUGACCUGUGGUCAUGACUAUGGCGCUUACGGCUUUGUAACAAGUUUGCGCUCCAUACUUUGGAGGUUGGACUGCCUCGCUGUUGGCACACAAAGAUGCUGCACUCAUACAGUACCAAGCCAAGCAACGAGACGCCCGGGGCAUAGUGACAAGAGGAUCCGGGUUCCACUGUAACACUGAAAAUUUGCACACCUUCAGUGUGUAUGUAGAGCAGCUUGGAAUCACUACAGCUUUCUUUUUUUCCCUCAUUUAACUUGGUUGUGUUGUGCACACCAGGAAGCAAAUGAAAGCUUUGAGAAACUAUACAAUGACAAAUGCACUAAUAUAUAUAUUUUUUUCUUUGUUCUAUUGUAGCCGGGCUUUACCUGCAUAUUUACAUGCUUCGUAUUGUCCAAUAUGGCUGCAUGCGCAUCAUCGUCCGCUUGCAUACAGCAAUGGAUUUUUUUUUUUACACACAUCAAAUGCCUUCAUGCCAAUCUUUAUUGCUGUUAUGUUUUGCAGCCUACUGUUAUAGAAUAGCACCAAUUCCAGCUGGUUAGAAAAUACAGAAGGAAAAAAUAGCAACAAAAAAUAAGACAUGAGGAAAUCUGGCGUUCAUCAAGAUUGUACACUUAGUUUCUUUCAGAGACGUGUUGCCUUUAUACUGUCACCCCAAGCAGGAUUUUGUUACAGACUUCCUACAAAUCACUUAAUCUCAGGAGAUUUCAUCACUUGCCAAACUUCGGAAUGCUAUAUGUGUCUUUAUGUUGCACUGUACUUUGUAGGGGGUUAUGGAGUGGUGUCACCAAUAACAUGCACAAGAAAGUUAAGAAGAAAAAAAACUUCUAUUCCCACAAUUUUGUUUCCUUCAUAUUUAAUAACACACACGUUGUCUUUUUGGUCAAAAUAGGGCAUUUUUUUUUUUUUUUUUUUACAAAUAAUGAGACCUAUUCCAUCUUGACAGUAAUUUGUACGACUGUUAUUGCUUUAUUGAUGCACAGAAAAUAGUAUACAUGUAAUAGCACUCAACAUGUUGCUUUAUAGUUUGUAUUUUAGCACAAGGUAUGGGCUCCUAUGCUGGUAAUAUUUUGUGUAUUUCUAUUAACAGUAUUAAUAGGCUUUAUGCCAUUGGUUAUAUAAUAUUGUCAUCGUGUUGAUUGGAAACCAAGGUUUAUCUAUGGAAUGAUGGACGGCUAAUAUAAGGUCAUUCGUUCCUGUCACUACAAAAUAACAAACACAUAGUGCGUAUGUGUUGAGUGUUACUGUAUGCCAUUUGUUUUUGCUUUGCAUCAAUCCACAUCAUGACCGAACUAUAUAAUAUGCUAGUAAUAUAACACAUCUGAAAGUUGUAUUUUAGUGGUCACCAGUCUACUAUGUGUUCUAUGCCAGAUCAAAGUACAGCAUAAUAAUUGUCCUGUAAGGAACUAAUGUUAAGAACUUGUAACAUUAAGCUAUUUGCAAGUGUCCCUUUUUUUUUUUUUUUUUAAGCUAUUUUAAUAAAGACUUCCAGGAAGAAAGUACAAAAAAAAAAAAAAACUUCCAGCGUGGAGAUAUAAACUUUUUUUUAGUCACGUUUUAAGUGAUUAAUCUGGCGUUUGGAUUUCUCUAUGUGACAAUGCAGAGGGAGCGACAGCAGUUUUGACAAUGUCCCCUUUUUUUUUUUUUUUUUCCCCCUGCAUGUGGAUAACGUUUGUUUCCACAAUCUUGUUUCAGUGCUAAUCUUAUAUAUUUUAUUGCUCCUCCCCUUUUUUUUUUCUCCCGCCCCCCCCCCCCCCCUUCACCCCCCCCCCUCGCUCUCCCCAUAACAUAGAAAACUGGGAACAAUUUCCUGACUUGCCUAGGAAAGUACAGGCACCCUUUAUCUAUAUAGGGUUGACCAAUAGUUCAUAGCCACUGCAAAUGUAUGUGAAGUUUAGCAUUAUUCGAGCCACUGGCACUGUAUUGCAUGAAAUGUGGUAAAUCAAAAAUGUUUAACUUCUGCAAAGUUUGUGAAAAUAUUUAUUUACUCUGUUUUAAUGGCAUUAUGGUUUUUUUUUUUUUUUUUUUUUUCUUUCAUUUUAAAGUACUGGUCAGAUUCUUACAAAACAGUUGGCAUAUGUAGUCCAGUAUUCAAGAUGGUUUCCUAACUAGGAAUAAGUGAAUGAAAUCCAAAUUUCUAGAAAAACAAAGUGCAAUAUUAAGUGUAUGCUUAUAGAUACUAAUCUAUGGCUGUUUGUACUUUUUACUUUUUGUUUUGGUGCUGAAAAUGGUUUUUAUUGUAGGCUCCAGUUUAAAACAAACUGCGGAAAAUGUAAAAUUUUCCUGUUCUUCCUUGUUUAAAAAAAUAAAUAAAAUUGAAAUAAAAAAAAAUAUUUUUUAAUA